AUGGAAGCUGCUUUGCGAUCCAUUAGGGAAGUUGCGAGAGAGGUAUUAGGGUUCUCAACGGGUUAUUUUAGUGGUCACAAGGGAGACUGGUGGUGGAAUAGAGAGGUGCAAGGAAAAUUGGAAACCAAGAAAGUAUCGUAUCUGAAGCUAGUGGAAAGUGUAGACGAAGAGGAGAAGAGGGCGAAUAGGGAGAAUUAUAGGUUGGCUAAGAAAGAGGCAAAUCUAGUAGUUACGAUAACCAAGAUUGCAACUUUUAGUCGUUUGUAUGAGGAACUCGAGGGCCGAGGUGGGGAUAAAAGGCUGUUCAGGUUAGCCAAGGCGCGAGAAAGGAAAGUGCGGGACUUGGACCAAGUGAAGUUCAUCAAGGUCGAAGAAGGUAGAGUUUUGUUGGAUGAGGGUCUUAUCCGUCAGAGAUGGCAGACCUACUUCCAUAGACUCUUAAACGAGGAGGGAGACACGAGCAUUGUACUAGGUGAUUUGGAACUCUCCGAGAGUCGUUAUGACUUUGGGUAUUGUAGGCGGAUUAGAGUUGAUGAAGUAGAGGGGGCUAUACGUAAAAUGAGCUGGGGAAAAGCGACCGGGUCGGAUGAAAUCCCGGCGGAGUUUUGGAAGAGUGCGGGCAAGGUAGGCUUAGAGUGGCUCACUAGGUUAUUUAAUGUCAUUUUUAGAAUGACAAAGAUGCCCGACGAGUAG